GUAGCUUCUAUGAUUGGGGUUUCAUUAACUACGGACAGGGUAACCCAAGAAAGAACCAGCCAUAAUUACGUUAGGGUACUCAUUGAAGUUGAUGUGUCUAAGCCACCGCCAUUGUCCUUUCCUAUACGAUUACCUUCUCACAAGGUAAUUGAACAAUGGGUGAGAUAUGAAACGUUUCCGAAUUACUGCUUUCUCUAUAAAAAACUGGCUGAAAAAGAAAUGAAAGAAAAAAAUGAUAAAGAAAAGAAUGAUAUUGGUGUUGAAAAGGAGGAUAUAUUGGAAAAGUUACAAGGUGAGGAAGUGGGUGUGAAGGAAAUGGAGGAUCAUAGCAUCGUUACAGUGCCAAAGCCUACUGUCACGACUAAGGAGAAGCUGAUUUUGCCACAACCUAAUGUGGCAGAAGAGACUGAGAGUGAGAGUUCUGGAUAUGGAUCGUAUGAGACUGACAAUGGAUCGGGGGAAGAGGACCAGACAGAUUACGCAGACUUUGAUGAAGUUUAUAUGGACGGGUUGCUGCUUGGGAUGAUGCAGUUUGCUUUCAAAGCUGGGAGCUAGUCCACGUAAGAUUUCUAGGCUGGGAGCUACUGUGCUGCGAUUUGCUUUUUGGAGGCUGCGUUAAACUGGAAGCUACUGCAAUUGUUUUUGGGAUGCUGCGUUUGCUGUUUUUGCAGCUGGGCCAAGGUUAUUAAGGAUGUGGCUUUUUGCUUUUUGAUGGAUUUAUUUAUAUUAGAUUAGUCUAACUUAGAUAGAUAUUUUGAUCCUUACUUGAUACAUUGCAAAAUGUUAUUUUUGGGUGUUUUAUAUAUAUACUUACAUUUCAU